GCCCUUUUUAAGUCAAUGUCUGUCAUGUGGCUGGAAUGCGCUCCUCACACACUGCAGCUCUCAGCUCGGCUACAGCAGGCUUAUCUUCUGCCUUCACAUUCCUCCAGACCGCGCACAUUACAGCUCGCAUCGACAGCAUCGCUUGAAAACUUCAGAAUGUUAGACUCCUUAAACUACACAACGUCCCCACUGCCCUCCAGCGCUCCAUCAGUCGCUGGAGAUUCAAACGCCACAUUAUGCCACGACUGGGAGCAGUCUCAUCACCUGCUGUUCCACCUGGCCAACCUGAGCCUUGGUCUAGGUUUCCUCAUCCCCACCACAGUAGCGCUUCAUAUGAUCUUCCUCAGACUGCUGCUGAUGACAGGGUGCUCAUUGUUUAUAGCAUGGGCCACAUUAUACAGAUGUACAUUGGAUGUGAUGGUGUGGAAUGUGGUUUUCCUUCUGGUGAACUUCAUGCAUUUCUUCUUCCUGCUUUAUAAACGCAGACCGAUUAAGAUUGACAGGGAGCUAAAAUCUUUGUACAAGCGCAUGUUCGAGCCCCUGCAUGUACGUGAAGCUCUGUUUCAGAGGCUCACUGGUCAGUUCUGCACCAUCCAAACUUUAAAGAAGGGCCAGGUCUAUGCAGCAGAAGAUAAGACCUCUGUUGAUGAGCGCCUCAGCAUUCUUCUCAAAGGAAAGAUGAAGGUAUCAUACCGUGGCCAUUUCUUGCAUAAUAUUUACACCAAUGCUUUCAUCGACUCUCCAGAAUUCAGAUCGACUCAGAUGAACAGGGGUGAGAGGUUUCAGGUGACAAUCACUGCUGAGGAAAACUGCAAGCUCCUUUGCUGGUCUAGAGAGCGUCUGACUUACUUCCUGGAGUCUGACACUUUUCUGAGCGAGGUGUUCAGGUACCUCAUUGGUAAAGACAUCACCAACAAGCUUUACUCUCUCAAUGAUCCAACUCUGAGUGACAAGGCUGUAAAGAAAAUGGACCGUCAGCCAAGUCUAUGUUCUCAGCUUUCUAUGAUGCAGAUGAGGAACAGCAUGGCUAGCACCAGUGACACAGAUGAUGUGCUCAACCAAAUCCUGAGAGGCGGGUCAACUGGGUCAUCACUCCAGAAAAAUCCUCUGACAAAAGCAUCCACGACUAUGAAGCCAAUUGAAGAAGGAAUGGAAGAUGACGUGUUUGAACUUGAAUCCCCCACUACUUCCCAGAACAUUUCCAGGACCCCCAGGGAAGACAUGUAAAAUGUUUUUAUCACCUCAUGGUCUUCAGACUUCUGUGUUUCACUUUGUGUUUUAUAACAAAAUAAUGUAAAAUUAAUUGAACAGGAAAAUAAAUCAGACUCCCCCUCAGAGAUAUGAGAGUUGAUUUAGUGUAACAGAUUUAACGUUUAAAUUAAUUUGGAAACCAUCUCAUAUAAUAGUUUAUUUCUUGUUCAGUAUAAUCUGUAUAAAGAAAGGAUUUUAAUUGUAUGCAUUUGAAGACAUUUCCUUUUUUAUUAUUCUUUUAUUUUUAUUUUGAAUUUGGUUAACUGUGCUAAUCCUGUGUAAAACAAAACUGAUUGCUUCUUAUCCUUCAGUAAAACUGGUAUAUCAUACAUAUACCAUGUCCAUUUCCUUGCAUGUUCCUGUUUUUUAAGUCAUGUUUUCUUGUGUGAUACGUUAACAGCUAGUGAUAUAUUAAAAUUAAUUGUAUUAUUAUUACACAGGUUAUUACAGGGUUAAGCAAUGAUGAAGUGAACACUGGAUUUAUUGAAUGUCCUGUUGAAGCAUUUCCAUUUCUUCCAAAUGAUUUUUUCUUUUCUUUUCUUUUCUUUUCUUUUCUUUUCUUUUCUUUUCUUUUCUUUUCUUUUCUUUUCUAGUGUGUUUAAAGUCAUACUGAUACUUGAAAUCACUUUUUUAGAUUAAAGUUUGGCACUACAGAUA